CAAUGGCGUGUAACUAGCUCUAUGUCGGGGCUAGUGUCAGGUUUCAUACCCUCAGCUUGACAUCUGUUGUGCCAGAAAUAUGGAUCGUGUUUUUGUUGCUAUAAUAGUGCUACUUUCAUGUCAACUGCAGUCGUUGAGAUGCGACGACGGAUUCAUCGAUGAAGCUUACGAUGGAUUUACCGUAACUGGAGGCCCGUCUUCUGAAACAGACACUCCUGGUCAGGAUUCGAUGACAGGGUUUUCACAACAAACAACGCCACACUCGUCAUCACAAGAAAUCAAUAAAAUGACGACAUCAAACAGUAUGGGAAUAGAGAGUUCUAUCAGCCAGGUGACCCUUGAGAAGAAGACAAAAGCGGCUUCAGUUUCAAACCAACAAACAGUUACUGUACCCAAUAAUCAUAUUCCAGAUGGGUCUGUACCUUCUGCAUCAGUUAGCAUCAACCCACUUGCAGCGAUCGCGGGGCUGCUGAUGCAGAGUCCUCAAGCUAAGAACAUCCUUGGAUUAAUAUUUGGCCAGAACAACAUAGGUAAACUGGAGGAGUUGUUCAGAAACGUCACGUCAUCAACUGAAGUAGCGGAGUUGUUUGGAAACCUCACAUCUUCAGGUCAAGGUGGGCCCAGUCGAGAAGGACUGUCUAAGCUUUUAAACAACCCCUCAGUCCAAGCAGUUAUGGAGCAAGUAUUUCUGCAAGUUCAAAAUAUGCUGAAGUCGUUCGUCCCGAACAUUUCCCCGUCUCUGGACAAUAUCACGCCGGCUCAACUGUUUCAGGCUGUCAGUGAUAUGAUCAAUGGUUCAGGAACGGGCGGAAAUUCGAGCACUGGUGCAAUUAUGCAAGCGGUCAUGUCUGCUUUACCAUCAGUAUCAGGAUCUCUGAGUGCAGUUCUGAAGAAUUUCGGCGUUAACGUUAAUGCCACCGACGUCAUGGAACAGAUUUCAGAACUUGUGCCUGUAUUCCGUGAGCAAGGCAACGUCACUGCACUCCAAGAGCUUGCUGCCAAUGCAACUGGGCCUGUUGGCAUGUUGUUGGAUGUCUUACCUUUGGCCAUCAAUCUUGGACAGAUGAUGAAGCCAGAAAUGGUUUCAAAUGAGAAUUUAUGUCUGGCUGAUUUCAGUGCCUUCGUCCAGAGUCUUCCUUCGAAGCAGAUGUGGGCCCUUCGAAUGUUGGAUGCAUCUGGGAAGCCAGGUACAAGUAUCUUGCAAGGCGCUGUGCAGUUCAUCGGGAACUAUGAUGAGUGUAGGGAGAUCUCGGUUACCCUCAACACCACGGUACCCCGUGUUGUACAUGGAGAGUACUGGGAAUUGACCUUCGCCUAUCCCAAGUCAUUAGGAAAGCUUAUGGUAGUACCUAUGCUAGUCGGGAUACCAGGCAUCGGUUGGGGCUUCUGUCUUCCUAGGUCCUGUAAUGUCAGCUCAGUAACACAUGCAGUAUCAAUGGUACCUUUAGAAUGGUUUGGCACCGAGUUGAUAUCCGCCUCCUCAAGAACCACUGAUGACUGGAAGGAGGAUGCAAGCGCCAUUGCAGCAAUGGUUAUUUUAGUCCUGAUUGCUUCGUUAUCGGUGAUCGGAACAUGCUACGACGUGGUGUCUGGGUGGCUGGCCCUACGCAAAGCAAACAGAGACGACGAAGAGGAGUUUGUGGACGGAUUUAAAGAAUCCAAGGCUUUCGUCUCCGAGGACGGCAACCGCAUCUGGCGCCUUAGUAACGGCAUCUCGAUGGUAGCAAUGAAUGGCAGGAGGGUGUACCCCAUGGAUGAAGAUGGAGACCAGAUGACCACAGUGAUGGGUGGCGGUGACGGGGGGCACCUGCAGGAAGAGGACAGUGAUGAUGAGGAAAGACCACACACAUCCAACACCGCUUACAAUGACAGCUUUGGUCGUCAACUGUUGUUGGCCUUCUCCAUCACACGGAACGCGGAGAAGAUACUCAGCAGCGCAUCAGGGGAGGGCAAUCUUGGCUGCAUCCAUGGCAUCCGGGUCCUCAGUAUGGCCUGGGUCAUCCUCGGACACAGUUUGUCAAUGUCUACCUUAACCACAACUGAGAACUUGAUCGACUUCUCGACCAGGGUCAAGGACUUCACCAUGGAGGCUGUACUGAACGGUACGCUCUCAGUGGACACCUUCUUCCUCCUGAGCGGCUGUUUGGUCUGUUAUUUGUUCCUGAGGGAGUCCAAGAAGACAAUCACAGGGAGACCGACCGUAAAGCAAAUGGUGUUAUACUACGUUCACCGAUACUGGAGACUGACACCAGUUUACAUGAUAGUUGUCAUGGCGUAUACAGGGUUCAUGCGCCACCUUGCGGAAGGUCCUUUGUCAAACGCUGACAGUCUAAAGGAUGCAGAAAACUGCCGAUCAAACUGGUGGACUAAUUUACUGUACAUUAACAACAUCUACAAGAAUGACGAAAUGUGUCUCGGGUCGUCUUGGUUUCUGGCCAAUGACAUGCAGUUCCAUGUUGUGGCCCCUUUGGCGCUUCUUCCAAUUGCUUUUGGACUAGAAGCCCUGGGAAUAAUUGUGAUGUUUGCAUUCCUAGUGAUCCAUAUAUCUACAUACGGAUAUUUUGAAUAUCAUCUCAAAGGAGCAACACUUAGUGUGCACCAGGCUGACUUCUUCCAGUAUAUAUACUUCGUACCUUGGUGUAGAGUUGGAGUAUUUGGAAUUGGCUUGUUCCUUGGAUACGUUCUUCAUAAAACCAAGUGCAAGGUCAAGUUACCAAGGUUCGUCCUUGUCCUUGGAUGGCAGCUGGCCCUGGCUAUUGGCCUGAUGUGCACAUAUUUCCCCUACGAUGACUGGAAGGAUGGCAUUCCUGACUGGGAUCUGAACACAACAAUCAUCUAUACAACCUUGUCCAGACCCGGAUGGGCGGUGUUCGUGUCUUGGAUUAUAUUUGUGUGCUGUACCGGAAAUGGAGGUGUGGUCAACAGGCUAUUGUCCUGGGGGGCCUGGAUGCCGCUGGGAAGACUUACCUACGGGGCCUAUCUCCUCCACCCUAUAAUCUUAUCGUACACGAUGUUAACCCUGAGGAAACUGGUGUACGCCAACUUAGUAGAAAUGAGCUAUCACUUCAUUGGAACAUUUGUUGUGUCUUACGGCAUGGCCUUCAUCUUAUGUGUGUUGGUUGAGUCGCCGUGUGUGGGGCUGGAGAAGGCGGUGUUGACGAAGAUGAAACUGAAAAGAAGCUGAAGGACAUGUUGUCGUGUGAAAUAUGUGUGAUUUUGUGAAUUGUAUAUAAACUAUAUCUCUUUGUGACACCGAGUCAAGAGUUUUCAACGCUGGAAGGAUACAUGCUUUUAGGUCAAUUGCCUUUUCGUAUGAACAACACUUAUGUGAUUCUGUGAAUUAUAUAUUGUGAUUAUGUGAAAUAUGUUUGAUUUUGUAUAUAUACACUAUCCCUUCAUUGCUCCGAGUAAAGACAUUGUGUUUUCAACGCUAAAAGAUAUUGCCUUUUCUCAUGUAAAAACUGACUGUUUUAUGUGAUUCCUGAUCUUCAACUGGAUUUGUUACUUGUGUUUUCCACGCUUCACAGACAUUCGCAUCCGGUUUAGCUGGGAAUCACCUAACGCACAACACUGACUGAUUUAUAUGAUAUUGUGAAUUAUGUGUAACUGUAGGGUAAAGAUUGGGAUGGCCUAAAAGUCGGGCCGGGCCGGGCCAAGUCGUGCCAAAUCUAUUAUUGGCUAAUAAACCCAUUAAUGAAAACCAUGCCUACAAUUAACCAAUGCAAC